UCGCUCUCCUUGAGAAAGAAAGACAGGAGGAGAAGAAACAGCCAACUGUCAACGUUGGGACAAAAAAACACCUCCAGCUUCACGGACAGCAUGAGAGGCAUCCUGCUGACUGGAAGGACGCGUUUAAUGUGAAAAUUAAAGAGUAAUUAAGAGUAUAGAGGUAAAACCUAAAUAGAAGGCCUCUGCUGAGCUGCUUUUCCUCUUUUCCUCAAGUCAGCUAGCUUAGCCUGCUAGCUUAGCUGGAUAACCCCUCACCGUGUCCGUGCAGGAGUUUUUUUCCACCCGGAGCGAAGACACUCACCCGGAGCUGCACCAGAACUAAUCCGUGCUUUAGACUACAAACGCACCUGCAUCAAUUGGAUCUAAAAUCGUCUUUUGCAUGAAAUAUUUCAGCAAAAAAACGACAACAACAUAAUCCUGCAAAACAAGGAAGUCUGAAUGAACUUUGCUGCUAGCCUAGGUAGCACUUAGCUCACAUUGUUUCAUUUUACUGCUUAUUUCUGCACCUGAAGGGGGUCUGUGCAUCGCCUGUGGCCGUCCUGUAGCGCCGAUAUCGGUUAUCUAUGCAAACAUCUGGCCGUACCCUCGAUUUCCCGAUCACCGACUAAGUUGACGGAGGAAGCGUGUGAGUACGGGGCGCUCUGCUGCUGUGGUUCUUAUCAACUAACCGGAGUCAAACAAGCGUUUCAUGAUGAUCCCCGACAAAGCCCCGAAGGAAAACGUCUUCCACAGCUCCGAUGGCUUAAAGAAGGAGGCUCAUAUCUCCAGCUUUGAGAAAUACAAGGAGCUCUACGUGAAAUCCAUAGAGAACCCAGAUGAGUUCUGGGGGGACAUCGCUAAAGACUUCUUCUGGAAGACCAAACACACGGGUCAGUUCCUCAGCUACAACUUUGAUGUGACUAAAGGAGAAAUCUUUGUCAAGUGCAUGGAGGGAGCUUCCACUAACAUCUGCUACAACCUCCUCGACCACAACAUCCAUGAGAAGAAACUGGGAGAGAAAGUUGCUUUCUUCUGGGAAGGAAAUGAUCCCGGUGAUGAGCUGACGGUGACCUACAGAGAGCUGCUGCAGAAAGUCUGCCAGUUCGCCAACGUCCUCAAAUCUCAGGGAGUGAAGAAGGGCGACCGUGUGUCCAUCUACAUGCCCAUGGUGGUUGAACUGGUCGUUGCCAUGCUGGCCUGCAUCCGCAUCGGGGCUGUUCACUCCAUAGUGUUUGCAGGGUUCUCUGCGGAGUCUCUGUGUGAGAGGAUCCUGGACUCCCAGUGUACUCUGCUCAUCACUGCAGAUGGCUUCUAUCGAGGAGAUAAGCUGAUCAACCUGAAGCUCUUAGCUGAUGAAGCACUGCAGAAAUGCAGAGACAAAGGAUUCCCUGUGGAGAAGUGCAUCAUGCUGAAGCACUUGUCCAAAGAACCGGAGGAGAUUCUGGGCUCUCAGUCUCCUCCUGCCAAACGAUCAUGUCCCGAUCUGCAGCAGGAGAAACAGACAGAGAGAGUAAAGAAAAUCCGUCAUGUCCCGCAGGUUCCGUGGAACCCGGACGUGGAUUUGUGUUGGCACACUCUGAUCAGUGGAGCCUCGGACGAGUGCGAACCAGAGUGGUGCGGCUCUGAAGAUCCGCUCUUCAUCCUCUACACCAGCGGCUCAACUGGAAAACCAAAGGGCGUUCUUCACACAGUCAGCGGCUACAUGCUCUACACCGCCACCACCUUCAAGCUGGUGUUUGACCACCAGCCUGAUGACGUGUAUUGGUGCACGGCAGACAUCGGCUGGAUCACGGGACACUCCUACAUCACCUACGGCCCGCUGGCUAACGGGGCCACCAGCGUCCUGUUUGAGGGCCUGCCCACUUACCCAGACGUGAGCCGGAUGUGGGAGAUUGUGGACAAAUAUCAUGUCACCAAGUUCUACACGGCUCCGACCGCCAUCAGAAUGCUGAUGAAGCACGGCAACGAGCCGGUGCACAAGUACAAACGAGAAUCUCUGAAGAUUUUGGGGACCGUGGGUGAACCCAUCAACCCCGAGGCCUGGCUGUGGUACUACAACGUUGUGGGAGAGCAGAGAUGUCCUAUCGUGGACACUUUCUGGCAGACAGAAACUGGAGGACAUGUGUUGACUCCUCUUCCUGCUGCUACACCCAUGAAACCUGGAUCUGCUACCUUCCCGUUCUUUGGAGUGGUGCCGGCCAUUCUGAAUGAGUCCGGCGAGGAGCUGGAGGGGCCGAAUGAAGGAUAUCUGGUGUUCAAACAGCCGUGGCCCGGCGUGAUGAGGACGGUGUACAGGAACCAUCAGAGGUUCGAGACCACCUACUUCAAGAAGUUCCCCGGAUACUAUGUGACAGGAGACGGUUGCCGUAGAGACAAGGAUGGCUACUACUGGAUUACAGGGAGGAUAGACGACAUGCUGAAUGUCUCAGGUCACUUGUUAAGUACAGCAGAGGUAGAGUCCGCUCUAGUGGAGCACGAGGCCGUGUCGGAGGCUGCAGUGGUGAGCCGACCUCAUCCCGUCAAAGGAGAAAGCCUCUACUGCUUCGUAACUCUGAUUGAUGGAGUGUCGUACAACAGAGAGCUGGAGGGAGAACUGAAAAAACAAGUGAGGGAGAAGAUCGGGGCCAUCGCUACACCCGACCACAUCCAGAAUGCACCGGGACUACCCAAGACCAGAUCUGGUAAGAUCAUGCGUCGGGUGCUUCGUAAAAUCGCCUGUGGCGACAAAGACCUGGGCGACAUCUCCACACUUGCUGACUCCUCAGUUGUCGACCAGCUCUUCCAGAACAGAUGCUGCGCCGGCGUGUGACGCCCUCCAGGAUCCUCUCAGGGAGGCUGUGACUGCAGCUGUGCGACUGCCGCCACAAACCAAACCAGGGAAGAAGAAGAAGAGGAGGAGGAGGAGAAGGAGGAAUUUCAUAAACUUGGUCUUGUCCAGAAAACAACCUUUAGCUCUAGAUGAAAAGGACCUCACUGUUCUUACAGUACAUGUAGGAAAACCCAGCAGCAUCCCAGCUUUUUACUCGUAGAUAUUUCCCACUUCUGCACAGCAGUAAUACCUGACAACAACAUCAGUGUGUGUUUGACGGAGCUGCUGCCUUUCAGAAACAAAGCAACGGUAAAGCCAGAGGUUGUUUGUUGUAGAGAACAUCAUGCUGUGGAGGGGCGUAAAAAAAAGCAGAGUAGGGGAACACUUCAGCUGGUUUUCAGCCAGUGUUUCUGCCAAUAAUGCAGCAAUGUCUAAGAAAUCAGUAAAAGUAUCGAUUCAGUGAUUCCUGCGUCAGUCCAACAGAAGUUUCUACACUGGAACAAGGCCAAUAUGAAGUGCCACCUUAAUAAAAAACUCCUCCCCUCGCUCCACGCCGUAGCACUGAUGAUUAGAUCAAUCUGAGAAUGCUCCACGUUUCUGCUUGUUUUCAUUUCUGUCGUCGUAUUUUUUUAUGAAAGAUAUUUAGGCUUGUUUGUCGUCUUGUUUAGUUGCGGAGACGUGAUCAGGCUGAAUGGAUCACUCUGACGGAAUCUAGACACGAGGUUCAGCCUCUAGAGUUUAGACUUGAAUGGUCGAUUCCACUAACACGAACAGCAAACCUGCGCUUUCACAAAACGAAAGGAAUGUGUCAUGCAUUGCCCAAUUAUUUAUAAAAAGUCAAAUUUCUCAGGUGAAAGCAAACUGAGGUACCAAAGUCAACUUCAAGUGGCUGUAAUUAUGUACGAGUAUGAUUUGGAUUUGGUCAAAUAAUCAACAGCAUUUUGAGUUGCUGUAAGUCACACUGGCUACGUUUACAUGGACAAUAUUUCUUCAACCCGAUGGAAGUCUCUAUCUGGAUGCUACAUAAAUAUAAAAAGACAUAAUUGACAACUCUGUAUUGAUUCAGUAGGAGAGGAUGACUAAGAUAGGGCCAUGUUUUCAUCGUUGCUGAUUCCAUCUUCCUUCAUAUUUUCAAACACUUGUUUGAACUGGUUGUUUUGCUACCUCCAUAUUUCUGUCCUUCCUAAUGAAUGUAUUUACUCCAACCAGAGAGAAAUGAUCAGAACAUGGUUAUUAGGAGCUGAUUUUGAAUGGAUUCUAAUAGGUUUUCACCAACCCUCUCAGUCUGAUUAGAAAUCCCUUCUGUUCAGAUUGAAGCGUUUUGAUUCUGAUUACAAGUUGAAUACUAAUAUCCAUGUAAACGGGGCCAGUGUGUGAAAAAUAAUAACCAGAAAGAAACCAGGAUCUGGGUACUACUGUAAUCAUUACUGGUUAUUCAUGGAUUUGUAAAAAAGGUCUCUUCACAUCGUAUGUGAUGGUGGUGUUUUUUCAUCUAAUGUCUCAUUUUUAAGUACAAAAAUAAUCAAUUUUCAAAUAUAGUUUAUUUGAAAGAGGUUCAAAAGGAAAUUAUGCAUCUGAUGGGGACUUUUUCUUUCUGUUGGGAUUUGUUGGAUUUGUUUAAAUCAGACACCUAAACAGUAGGACAUGAUUUAGGGCUUGUGAUUUGGAUUUGAGGACAAAUUAGAAGCAGGAACUUGUUCAGGUUUCACUUUUAUUUUUUAUUAAUAUUGUGUUGCUGUAUGUAUCUUCAUGUGCCAACUGUGGAGUGAAGUUGGGUUUAUAAGGCUAAUAACUGUAUCUAAUGUUAAAAUAAUGUGCAGCUGCUUACGUGAUUCAGAAGCUCUCCGCCUGUAUUAUAACUCGGGUGAAGUAAAGACCGAUUUGCUAGGGUUCUUUUUUUUUCUGUUCAUCUUCUGUUUUGUGUUUUCAUUUCCCUGUUAAUGUCAAAGUGUAUGCAAUGACAGUAAACGGACAUGACUACUGCCUCUA